UCAUUAUUAAAAAAUAUAUUUUAAAAUGACUUGCGGAAGCAUCUAAGCGACAGUAUCUGUCAUGAACCAAAAUAAUAAGUCAACUGAAAUAUGGCACAUGAAACAAAGACGUUAUUUGAGAAAGAAGGGGUGUUUAUUCACAUCAAUGUGAAUACUCACACUUCAGACAAAGAUGCCCACCUUCCUGGUAGAAUCUACCUCCUUCAAAAGCCUGAUGGAACAUUUAUUGAGUGGAAGGCAGAGGAAGUAAUCUCCUUGGACAGCCACUCAGAGCAGGACUGGGCCAUGAUCAGCUCUGUAGGCUACCAGCCAGACAGAGGAUCUGAUCAGGGCAAUGAUGCAAAAAAUGAAAGAAAGCGCUACAACCUUAGUUUCGAUGUUUUGGACCUGAAGAGUUUCAAGCGUAGUGCCCCGAGUCAUGGCUGGGCAUACAUUAUCUUCAUUCUGAAGGAUGGGACUACGUACCCUGCUGUACAUUUCCAUAAUGGUGGCAGCAAGGCACUCCUGAAAGAGCUGGAGAAGUUUGUCCACAUCAGGAGGUCUCCGACAGACAGCCGGUUGUUCAUUAUCCAGGACCACGACCCCGAGGCCCUCACCAAGUCGUUUGACGAGCUUAACCUCUUCCAGGACUCGCAAGGAGAUCUCGUCACUAAGUUCAUGAAGGACCCAUACACAACAACAAUGGGCGGUUUCUCCAAGGUGACAAACUUCCUGCGUGACGUGUUGAUGCAGGAGGAGCCAGUGGGGGCACCGGACAUCAAGGUGGAGGAACUGCUCAGUGAGGACAUUCCGGGUAUGGAGAUCAACAAUAGUGAUGAGCCAGGAUAUGAACUCGUCUCCAAGACAAAGCUUCCCUCACGGCCGGAUGUGAGACGAGGGAUGCCACUAACGUCCCAGCAGUGGUCCAAGCACAUGGACAAGGAGGGGCGCAUCAUCAAUGUGGACGAGGUCAAGGAUGCCAUCUUCAGAGGGGGAGUUGAGAGUGCUCUGCGUGUGGAUGUGUGGAAGUUCUUGUUGGGCGUGUAUGAGUGGGACUCCACCUACGCCAGCCGGACCAAGACAAGGAAGAGGAAACUAGACGAUUAUUUCCGUAUGAAAUUACAGUGGACCACUAUAAGAUCUGAUCAGGAACGGAGGUUUUCCCUGUUCCGAGAGAGAAAGUGCUUAAUAGAGAAGGAUGUAACACGGACAGAUCGCACACACAAGUUUUUCGAGGGGGAAGGAAACCCGAAUCUACAAGUCCUCAAUGACAUCCUGCUAACCUACUGCAUGUACAACUUUGAUCUUGGUUAUGUACAAGGUAUGAGUGACCUGCUAUCCCCAAUCCUGGUUGUCAUGGAGAAUGAGGUGGAUGCCUUCUGGUGCUUCGCUGGCCUCAUGGAACGAUUGGGUGACAACUUCCAGAUGAGCCAGGAAGGCAUGAAGACCCAGCUUUCACAGAUACACAAACUCAUGCAGAUCACUGACCCGGAACUCUGCAAUUACCUGGAGAGCCACGACUCUGGUAACUUCUACUUCUGUUUCCGCUGGAUCCUGAUCCAUUUCAAGCGGGAGUUCUCCUUCUCCGACGCUCAACGCCUCUGGGAGGUGUUCUGGACGGACCGCCCAUGCCAGAACUUCCACCUGCUCAUCUGUCUGGCCGUCCUGGACACGGAGAAAACCACCCUGAUGGAAAACAAGUUUGGACUCACAGAGAUCCUUAAGCACAUAAAUGACAUGAGCAUGGCAAUCCACCUAGAAGAGACGUUAAAGAAGUCUGAGGGCAUUUUCUUGCAGCUGAAGAGCGCCAAACACCUGCCGGACACCAUCAAGGAGAUCCUGGGCUUUCCUACAUCUUCUCCUGCGGACUCUGCUCGAAGUUCCGGUACAAAUACUCCAGUAAUGCCCGACAUGGGAUCGCCCAUCAAUGCCCAACCCCCCAAUACCCACGAACCUGUCCAGCUUACCACUGUUGGUUACAGCAAAGGGGCUAGCGCAAGACUUCACCUAUCUGACCAAUCACGGAGUAGUGACAAUGGAUUCAGAUCUUCAAACAGUUUUAACAGUGAUGCUAACUCACCGGAUGACAGCAGUAUUGAGAUCUUGUCAGACAUUGGCAAUGGAUUCAAUAACUUCUCAUGAAGUGGAUAGGUCAGAUUUGUGUGGUCAUAUCCAUGUGUCAGACUGGUAUUGUUUGCUGUGUCCACUUAGGCUAAUUAUGGCUGUGAUGGCAUAACACUUGAACAUUCUGGUCAGAUGUGGUGCAAUAUUGCCUGUAAGCAAUGUGUUUAUUAGGCUAUUUUUGCUUUGAUGACAGUGCGCGUUAGUUUGAAUUGAUGAUGGUGCAGUGCUUAACUAAGUAAUGAGCUGUAGAUAUUUACAAAUCAGUGUUUUACCUGUGUGCAAAUUCUAUCAUUUUUCUUGUGAUGGGGACUCGAGACUUGUUUUUAUUUCUCAAAUCUUACCAAGUCAAGGAUGAGAACAUUUCUUGCUGCUGGUCAGAUUUCUGAUAAAACAAGAGUUAAACCUGUGCUCCAACUAGAACCCGAAUUACCAAACAGAAUUUUGUUCAGUUAUAUGGAAUGUGCUUGGCUUUUUUAAAGUCUAUUAAUGUAUAUAAUGUUGGUAAUAUUAUUAUGUGAUACGUGUAAAGUGUCUUUUAUUUGGAUUCAUAGGUGUUGCUAUGUUAGCAUGUUUGAUGAUGUGAAUAAGCCUCGUUAUCAUUAUGAUAUGAUUUGUGUUAUAAAUGUAUCUUUAUGUGUAUAUUAACCUAUUAGUUCAGUUCUACACAUUUUCCAACUGUGAUCUUUUCUAUUCCUGUUGUUUGUCUUCAGGUGAAUAACUGAAGUUUGCUACACAUUUCCUACAAAUAAUGUAUGUAUAUCUGGCCAUCCUUACAAAAUCUAUGUUCUGCGGCCUUACACAGUCUGUCAGUAGUAUUGUUGGAUAAUCGGGCAAAUCACGUAAUCAAUAAGUAUAUCAAAAUGGACAAUCCAAAUAAAAAAUAAUUGUAAGUGUAUAUUUUCAUAUUGAAUUUUGGUAUUUAAAUAUCAUUGAUCAUUAUUCCAAUAACUUCUAUGUGUUAUAUAUUCCGAAAAUGGUGCAACAUAUGGAAUGACAGAAGAGUAAAUUAAAAUGUGGACAUUCUUUUGUAUUUCAUAUUUUUUGGGUGAAAUAAUACAGCUUGGUGAAAAUUGAUUAUGGAUGAUCAUGAUGAACUGUGGUUGAUGUCGGGUGCCCAUGGACAAUUAUUCCAUGGUCUCAACCUCAUCCACUCUACUUGUUCAUUAUAUUAUAUUAAUGCGCCAUCACUAGUCAGCCAAUAGGUGAUGUUUUUUACUGAGUGCUGACUUCAUAUGUACAAUAUUUCUGAACAUUUUGAAAAACAUUCAUACUUUAAACAAUUAGAUAUAAAAUGAGCUCUAUAAAGAUAACAAAAAUAUAAAGUUGUCUGUAGCAGGAUUCAAACACCUACCUCUGGGUCUGUAGUCAGCGACCUUAUCCACUGUACCACUGGGGUCAUGUACUGUGUCGUGUAUAAGAAUUGUCAACAUUGGAAUGGUAUUUAUUUGAGGUGAAUUAAACAUACUAAAUAUAAGAAGAAGGGAUUCAGUUCUUGUUGUUAUCAGUUUAUUGGGUAAUAACAUGUGUCACAAGGCCUUUUUUAUUAUUCGACCUAUUUUUUCAUUACUGAAUAUAAACAGAUGCUGAGAAUGCGCUUUAAAAGCUACACUCUCACAGAUUUACUGUUUUGACAAAUUUUUCAUUUUUUGUCUCUGAAUGAGCCAAUUUUUGGGUAAAUGUUUUGAAACCAAUGAUACAAGACUUUUGGCAAAAGAUCUGAACACAGUUAAUUAUAUUUUUGUUUGAAAAUUGAUGUUUUAAGCUAAAAGUGUUACUAACACUUUAAGAAAAAUGAAAGUUUUGGCACUUUUCUGAUCAAUUGAGAUGUGUUCUAUUGGGAGUUAUCUUAUAUGACUGUAUUGAAGGCAUUGAUACCAAAAUCAGCUGAUUCUGAGACAAAAAAUAAGUCAUAACUGUCAAUCCCUGAGAGUGUAGCUUUAACACUUACAACAACAGAACUUGUAUGUAUAAAAAAAAUGCCUAUGACCUCUGGAAGGUCAUUGAAGUAUGUUAAUUUGUAUUUAAUGAGUCAGUCUAGACACUGCAAACAAUGACAGAAUAGGCUUACAUACAAGGUAUGAAUCAUGGUUUCAAUUCUUAUACAUUGCAUUAACCCAUCAGUUCCUAACAAAGUUGUUAACACAAUAAUAGUUGCUUCCACUUCAAUGUCAUCUAUUGUAUUUGUUCCUUUAUAAAGUAUGUAUACAUCUCGUUCUGAAUUUUAGAACAUUAACGUUGAAGCAGUUUUUUUUAUGUCAUUAUGAUUUGCACUUAUUUUGUUAUGUAUUUUGGUACUUGACUGAUUCUACUUUGUACAUGCAAACCUUUUUUUUAUUGUCUGUUGAUGAAUGUUGCCAUACAUAAGCUUCUUGUUACAUAAAUCACUUUGAAGAAUUCCGAUGGCAGUUAUCCAGUCUACUUUUGAAACAAUAGUCAAGGCAUAAAAAUGAUGACUGCUUAUGUUUAAAAUGUAUUCAUUACUAUUCGUAAGUUCCGCCAUUAAAUAUAUCGAGUUGAAAUGUUUGAAGCAGUUAAAAUAAAUAAAAGGACAAAUAUUUUCAAUUAAAACAACAGAUGUGUUUAGCAUUGUACAAGUACAUGUAAUUACUAGUAUUCAAUUAUAUAACUGCUAAAAAUGUUCAAUACUUCAGUACACAUUCAUAGUUGUGCAAAUACUUUUCAUAUCUAUACCUGUAUUUUCAUGAAAUGUUAUGUUACAUUGAAUGAUGUUUUGAUGAACUCUUUGCUGUUAAUGGCCUUCAAGCAAGGUAAUAAAAUGCAAAUCAUACACGCAACAUGGUCUCAUGUUGU